CCAAUAAGAUGGCUCAAGUCCCUGCCAAGAUAGUGCUAAAGAGCACUACAAGGAUGUCACUGAAUGACCGUAGGCUAGCCCAGCAGAUGGCUAACCGACCGAGCGUGAUCGCGGCCCUGAAGAUCAAGAGGUCAUUGGACUACGGCCAUGCUGGGGCACCGCCUUCAAGGGUUUUAGCUGAUCAUAUUGACCCCAGUACCUAUCUCAGUCAGCGCAGUCUGAAGCAACGGCUGGGCAAGAGUAACGUGAAGUCACGACUGAGCCUGUCGGUGAUGAGGGGGCGUGGCGGGCGCGGGCGGUCAAGAGGCGGGCGCUUCAGGGGGCGAGGUCUGAACCCAGGUAUGCGUGGCAUGUCAGGACGGAGCCGGGGCUCUAACCUGUCUCGACAGCACAGUGCACUCUCACUAGGGACAAGCGGCCCUGGUGGUAUGGAGGAUGGACGCAAUAUGCCAAUGUUACGUGGACGAGGUCGUGGAGGCAGUAGUGGGAGAUUCCGUGGAGGCCGUCAGAGGUUCCGUGGUGGUGGCCGAGGCAUGGGCCCUGGAGGAGGCGGAGGAAACAUGAGUGGUGGACCCUAUAUGAAUCGCUUCCGAGGCAGAGGAGGACUGCGGUCCAGAGGCAGUGGUGGUCGUGGCGGCAGUGGCAAGUUCCGAGGUGGUGGUGGACGUGGCCCACAGAGGGGCAUGCGCGGGCGGGGCCGUGGCGGAGGGGGCCCACCCGGCAUGGGUGGCGGCGGCGCUAGAAGUAAACUGAACUGUUUAGCUUAUGAUCCCUGUAUUUGUCAAAACGUUCUAGAAAAUUCUGCUUCAGCAACUCGGUGUUGA